UGAAUUGCAUUCGACGCGACCAAAAUACGACGUUUAAGCCUUAGUGCUUUUCUUUCGAAGAUAGCGAACGAUUCUUUCUAAUAAAUGAAAAACGGAUUAUUGGGAAAUGAACUAAAACAGCAAUGAGUCUCAUUGGUCACACAUUAAGAUUCUUUACUGCUCUAAUAACACUCGUAAUUGCUUUGGAGAACACGAUCGCCAGUGUAAACUUUUGUUACGAUUCAAGUUUUGAAGGUUUCAGGCUAAAUACAACAAUUCACUCAACCGCAUUCGUCUAUGAUUGGGUUGACUGUGCUGGGGAGUGCCUCAAAGAACCGUGUUGUAGAUCUAUCAACUUUAAGAAGGAAUUCAUCCCAGAAAAUUCAGAAAAUUACAAUUGCGAAAUGUUGCAUAAUGUCAUUACCGAUCAAUCCAAGCACUUAUUGGAACCAAAUUCAUCCUACGAUUACGUAUUUUUUCAUAACCCAAAAAAGAAAUACAAUAUAAGUUGCCUAGAUAAAAAAGUGUGCAAAAUGGCUCUCGGGAUGGAAAAUGGCAAUAUUAAUGAUAGUCAAAUCACGGCCUCAAGUGAACAUAAAAGUACAAGUCUUUGGGCGGUUUUUGGAAGAUUGAAUUUUACACCAGGAAAUGGGAAAACAGGGGAGGCAUGGUCAUCAAAAAACAACGAUCUGAAUCAGUGGCUUCAGGUUGAUUUCCAAAGAUCUACUCUGGUCACAGGAAUCAGUACACAAGGACGCGAAAAUAAAGGACAGUUUGUUAAGAAUUACACAGUUUCUUUCAGCCAAAAUGGGUAUAAUUUUCAGAAUUACACACGAAAAGGAGCAGUCAAGGUAUUUAAAGGCAACACAGACAAAAAUUCCAUUGUCCAUAACAUGGUGAUUCCUCAUAUUUCUGCUCGGUUUAUUCGCAUUCAUCCAACGGCCUGGAAUAAACAUAUCUCAAUGAGAGUUGAAUUUUAUGGAUGUCCCGCUACAUAAAUAUUGGAAAAAGGAAACCCCUUUGUACGAACAAUGCAUACUGCAUACUUCAGGAUCAUAUACAUACGAUAAGUAAGGUAAAUAAGUGAGGUAAAUAAGUGAGGUAAAUAAGUAAGGU